CAUGGCGGCCCCGGCCGCGCUGCUCCCGCUCCUGCCCCUCGUCCCCGUCGCGCUGGCGCUGGCCGCGGGCGGGGGCACGGCGGGGACAGAGCCGCUCUCCGGCAGCGACAUCGUCCAUCCCAUCAAGGUCGACGAGAGCGGAUCCUUCCUGUCCUACGACUUGUCCCACCGGGCCCUUCACCGGAGGUCUCCUGCCUCCAGGAGCAAGCUUCCCGCUUUCUAUGAGCUGCACUACAGAGGGCAGCCCCUGAAAUUCAACCUGAGCCUCAACAGGCACCUCCUGGCUCCGGGCUUUGUCAGCGAGAGGCGUUUCGGGGGCAUCGCCGGCGCCAAGAUCCGGCCCCACUCCUACAACUCCUGCCAUAUGAUCGGGGAGGUGCGGGGCCGGGCGCUGCAGGGCGGGCUGGCUGCCCUCAGCACCUGCGACGGCCUGAAAGGCGUGUUUCAGCUCAUGGACGAGGACUAUUUCAUCGAGCCCGUGUCCAGCAGCCCCCCGGAGGAGGGAGCAGCGCAGCCCCACAGGAUCUACAAGCGCCAGGUGCCCAAGGACAGCGGGGAGCAGGGCAGGAGAGCCCCGGCCCCGCGGGAGCCCUGCGGCGUGCGAGAGUCCCAGGGGAGCCUGGAGCGGUCCGAGAGGCGCAGGGAAAGGUGGGAGCAGAAGCAGCCCAGGAGGAGAAGGCUCCGGCAGCGCUCGGUCAGCAGGGAGAAAUGGGUGGAGACGCUGGUGGUGGCGGACACCAAGAUGGUGGAGUUCCACGGCAGUGACAACAUCGAGAAGUACGUGCUGACCGUCAUGAACAUGGUGGCCGGGCUGUUCCACCACGCCAGCAUCGGGAACCCCAUCAACAUCGCCAUAGUGCGGCUCAUCCUGCUGGAGCACGAGGAGGAGGACCUGAAGAUCUCCCACCACGCAGACAACACCUUGAAAAGCUUCUGCAAGUGGCAGAAGAGCAUCAACGUGAAGGGAGACUCGCACCCCCUGCACCACGACGUCGCCGUCCUGCUCACCAGGAAGGACAUCUGUGCUGCCAUGAACAGGCCCUGUGAGACCUUGGGGCUGUCCCACGUGGCCGGGAUGUGCCAACCCCACCGGAGCUGCAACAUCAACGAGGACACGGGGCUGCCCCUCGCCUUCACCGUGGCCCACGAGCUCGGACACAGUUUUGGGAUUCAGCAUGAUGGAAGCAGCAAUGACUGUGAGCCAGUUGGGAAAAGACCUUUCAUCAUGUCUCCACAGCUCCUGUAUGACACGUCCCCACUCACCUGGUCCCGCUGCAGCCGCGAGUACAUCACACGCUUCCUAGACCGGGGCUGGGGGCUGUGCCUGGAUGAUCCCCCGGCCCGGGAGGUGCUGGAUUUCCCCCUGGUGCCCCCGGGGGUCCUGUACGACGUGGGCCACCAGUGCCGGCUGCAGUACGGCCCCUACUCCACCUUCUGCGACGAUAUGGAUAGCGUCUGCAACACGCUGUGGUGCACGGUGGGGAACACGUGUCACUCCAAGCUGGACGCGGCUGUGGACGGCACGGCGUGUGGGGACAGCAAGUGGUGCUUCAACGGCGAGUGCGUCCCCGUGGGAUUCCGGCCCCAGCCCAUCGACGGCGGCUGGGGCUCCUGGAGCUCCUGGGCCUCGUGCUCCCGCAGCUGCGGCGCAGGAGUGCAGAGCGCUGAGAGGCACUGCAGCCACCCCACGCCCAAGUACGGGGGCCGGUACUGCCUGGGGGAGCGGAAGCGGUUCCGGAUCUGCAACGCGCGGCGCUGCCCGCCGGACGGGCCCUCCUUCCGCCAGGUGCAGUGCAGCCAGUUCAACCCCAUGCCCUACAAGGGGAAGCUCUACAAGUGGACGCCGGUGCCCAACAGCGCGAGCCCCUGCGAGCUGCACUGCCGGCCCGAGCACGAGUACUUUGCGGAGAAGCUGCGGGACGCGGUGGUGGACGGGACGCCCUGCUACGACGGCGACGCCAGCCGCGACGUCUGCAUCAACGGCAUCUGCAAGAACGUGGGCUGUGACUACGAGAUCGACUCGCACGCCGUGGAGGAUCGCUGCGGGGUGUGCCACGGCGACGGCUCCACCUGCCACACCGUGCACAAAACCUUCGAGGACAGCGAGGGGCUGGGUUACGUCGACAUCGGGAUUAUCCCCGUGGGAGCCCGCGAGAUCCGGAUUGAAGAAGUGGCAGAAGCCGGGAAUUUCCUGGCGCUGCGGAGCGAGGACCCGGAGAAGUAUUUCCUGAACGGUGGCUGGACCAUCCAGUGGAACGGGGACUACAGGGUGGCAGGGACCACCUUCACCUACAAGAGGACAGGGAACUGGGAGAACCUCACCUCUCCGGGGCCGACCGUGGAGCCCGUGUGGAUCCAGCUGCUGUUCCAGGAGACCAACCCCGGGGUGAGGUACCAGUACACGAUCCAGCGCCCGGCCGACAGCGAGAACGAGAUCGAGCAGCCCGAGUUCCUGUGGCGCUUCGGCUCCUGGACCAGCUGCACGGCCACCUGCGGCACAGGGGUGCAGCGGCAGGCGGUGCACUGCGUGGAGAGGCUGGCGGGCCUGGUGGAGGAGCGCUUCUGCGACGCGCUCACACGCCCCGACGACCAGCAGCGCACCUGCAGCGAGGAGCCCUGCCCGGCCAGGUGGUGGGUGGCGGAGUGGCAGCCGUGCUCGGCCUCGUGCGGCGGCGCGGGGCUGAUGAAGAGGACGGUGCUGUGCAUCCAGAGCGUGGGGCUGGACGAGCAGAGGGCGCUGCCACCGGCGCACUGCCAGCACCUCCCCCGGCCCCCCGCCGCCGCGCCCUGUCACCCCGAGGUGCCCUGUCCCUCCCCGUGGGCCGCGGGGAACUGGUCUGAGUGCUCCGUGACCUGUGGGAACGGGACCCAGCGGCGCCCUGUGCUCUGCAGCAACAGCACCGGGGCCGCGUGCGACCCUGCCCAGAGACCCGGCGCCGCCAGGCCCUGCUCCCUGCCGCCCUGCCACCAGGGCUGGGACACGGACUGGUCUGGCAGCGGCUCCUCCAGCAGGGAGGUGUUCGAUGAGAUCCAUUACAUCCCCAGCAACCACAUUCCUGAAUUCAGCCCCUUAGUCCCAAACGUCCCGGAGUCCAACGACGUCAACGUCAUCGCCGAGGAGGACUUCUCGGCCAGGAAGGGAAACGUCUUUGUGGACGAUUUUUACUACGAUUAUAACUUCAUCAACUUCCACGAGGAUCUCUCUUACUACCCCUUCACGGAGAAGGAGCCCAAAGGCGAGGAGCCGGGCGCUGGUGGCACGGAGGGGCCCCGGGAGCUGCCCACCGAGGCCCUGCUCCCCCGCCAGCUGGGAGGGGACGGCGAGGAGCGCCCGGGCACCCAGCAGGAAAACGCUUCUGCUCCUGCGGAGGGGCGAGACACAGAGCGCGGGGAUGCAGCCACGAGGGACCUCCUGAGCGUGCUCCCCGAGGAUGUGGGAUCUGCCACCCCCAGAUCCACCACCCCUGGCUUGUUGGGUGAGGAGGAGGAGGAGGAGGAGGAAGCAGCGCUCGUGCCCCGCUCUGGGCACCGCCUGCCCACCCAGAGCUCCGUGAGCCACGGCCAGCAGCCCUGGGAUGAGCCCCGCAGAGCUGUGCCCACCAGAACCAGCCUUGGGCAGGAUGGCCCCGCUCCCUGGGGUCCCCACCCGCUGCCCACGGCGUCCCCUGGGCCGGGAGCACGGGGCCGUGUGGGCACAGAGGGACACGGCACGGCCAGCUCUGCAGGGACAGGCCACCAGGACUCCAGGGACACGGCUCUGGCCAUCGGCGGUGACAGCAACGGCGCAGCCCCGCAGCCCACGGGGCGGCACGGGCGGGCGGGAGCGGCAGAGGGGGUGCUGGGCACGCAGGCCGGAGGGCAGUCCCGGGGGAUGGAGAGGGCAGAUCUCGCCUUGCCCACCCCGCAGGUCCCGGGCUGGGAGGCGGCAGGGAGCGCUGGCAGCCCCCAGCCUGCCGUGAGCCCCCCUCCUGCGGGUGCUGAGGGGGCUCCCGUGGGAUGGGGAGGGCACCGGCCAGAGCUGCACGCCCCCAGAGCCCCCGGCUCGCCCCCCUGGGUGGCCACGGCAGCCCCUGCGGUGUCCCUGUCCCCCGCCCUGCCCACGCCGGCCCCCCGGGUCACCCCCAUGCUGCAGGAUGCCCCGGGCCCAGCCGUGGGCACUGCCCCGGCUCACGGCACACCUGCCCACACAGCAGGGUCCCCCCGGGAAUGGGGGACAGAGGGGGUGACCCAGCACCCGGAUCCGGCAUCGCCCCGCACCCAGCUGAGCGCCCGUGGGACCCCUCUCAGAGUCACUGCGCCGAGGGAGCCCUCACCAUGGACACCCCCGUGGGUACCCCCAGGGACACCAUGGACACCCCCAGGGACACCAUGGACACCCCCAGGGACACCAUGGAUACCCCCAGGGACAUCACUGAGAGAGCCCUCACCAUGGACACCCCCAGAGACACCAUGGACGCCCCUAGAGGCACCACCGAGGGAGCCCUCACCAUGGACACCCCCGUGGACACCCCCAGAGACACCAUGGACACCCCCAGGGACACCACCGAGGCAGCCCUCACCAUGGAAAUUCCCAAGGACACCCCCAGAGACACCAUGGACACCCCCAGGGACAUCACUGAGAGAGCCCUCACCAUGGAAACCCCCCGAGACACCAUGGAUACCCCCAGAGACACCACCGAGGGAGCCCUCACCAUGGACACCCCCGUGGACACCCCCAGAGACACCAUGGACACCCCCAGGGACACCACCGAGGCAGCCCUCACCAUGGAAACCCCCAGGAACACCCCCAGAGACAUCACUGAGAGAGCCCUCACCAUGGAAACCCCCUGAGACACCAUGGACACCCGCAGGGACACCCCCAGGGACACCAUGGAUACCCCCAGGGACACCUCUGAGGGAACCCUCACCAUGGACACCCCCAGAGACACCAUGGACGCCCCCAGGGACAUCUGUCUCCAGUGCUGGGGGGCACGAGUUGUCCCAGCCCACCCCUUUGCCCCCCGUGCUCUGGGAGAAGGGGCUGGAAGAGGAGGAGGAGGAGGAGGAGGCUCUGCUUCCACCAUCGACCAGCUCAGCAGCCGCUGCCAAGCCCAGCUGGGAGGUCGGGAACUGGAGCGAGUGCUCGGCCACGUGCGGCGUGGGCGCGGUGUGGAGGCCGGUGCGCUGCAGCAGCGGCGGCGGCGGCUGCGCCGUGGCAGACAGGCCGGUCCCUGCCCGCCGCUGCUCCCUCAGACCCUGCUCGUCCUGGCGUGUGGGCAGCUGGAGCAAGUGCUCCAGGAGCUGCGGCGGGGGCACCAAGGUUCGGGACGUUCACUGCGUGGACACCAGAGACCAGCGGCUGCUGCGGCCGUUCCACUGCCGGGCCGGGCUGGCGCAGCCGCCGGCGCAGCUGCCGUGCCGCGCCGCGCCCUGCCUGGCCUGGUACACGUCCUCCUGGAGAGAGUGCUCGGAGCCCUGCGGUGGCGGGGAGCAGGCGCGCCUGGUGACGUGCCCGGAGCCGGGGCGCUGCGAGGAGACAUCGAGGCCCAACAGCACCCGGCCCUGCAACAGCCAGCCCUGCACCACCUGGGUGGUGGGAUCCUGGGGCCAGUGCUCGGCUCCCUGCGGAGGGGGCAUCCAGCGGCGCCAGGUGAAGUGCAUGGACACCAGGACGGGCGUGGCCGAGGAGGACAGCAGCCUGUGUGACCACGAGCCCUGGCCGGACAGCACCCAGAAGUGCAACCCGCAGGACUGCGACAGCCCCGAGCCGGGCGUCCCCUGCGAGCGCGACCGCCUGACCUUCGCCUUCUGCCAGACGCUGCGGCUGCUGGGCAGGUGCCACCUGCCCACGGUGCGGGUGCAGUGCUGCCGGAGCUGCGGCCGGCGCGGGCUGCCGGCAGCGCCCGGCCACCUGCGCCUCUCCCGGAGGUGA